AUGCUCCCACGUCAGUAUGAUCUCAGCGCUGAGGUCACUCAAUUCUUCGAGGAUCAUGCUCCUGCCACACCACAACAGUGCGAUGCCUUUGCAAUUAAUCUUCUCGGCGAGCCAGUCAAACGUGUACCGAUACAGGGACAGUUUAGCUAUACACUGCUUGCAGGCCUCGAGCCCACGAUCGUACAAUUUCGCUCUCCCAAGUCGCAGCUUGACCCCAAAAUGACUUCGCUUGCGAAGAGUGUACAUAGUAAAUUGGCAGCCAAGACCAAGUCAUACGGGGUGAUGGCGGAUGAUUCUUUAUUCGUCUACGUUAUUGAAAGACUGCCCGGUGUUUCUUACAUCACUGUCAGUUUUGGCAUUGAGAAGCAGAUGAAUACGGUAGUAGGGCUUGCAAGGUUUUUCGCUGCAUCAUGGAUCAAGGCGCAACCGCGACCAGAGACACUGCUACAAAGCAACUAUGACAGGAAGCUCGAGCAACUCUCCAAGUCAAUGCCACCAUAUCUUACUCUAGCAAUUUUAACUGCUCGAACAGAGUUGGAUCUCCUUUUUGGCAGUGACUUUCGCUGCGCAUUAUGCCAUGGUGAUCUGAAUGAGAUGAACCUCCUAGUGGAUGAAGAGACGGGAGAUUUGACUGGAGUUAUAGAUUGGGCGGAAGCUAGCAUCCAACCUUUCGGGCUAUCCUUGUGGGGGUUAGAGACACUUCUUGGGUUUUCAGACAAGGAUGGUUGGCAUUACUACGGUGCUAGUAACUCUCUCGAAGAAGCAUUCUGGACCACUUUCCAUUACGAGGUCGGUAGUAUCUCAGAAGAUGAUAAGAAGCUUAUCGACAUUUCUAGAAGAGUUGGAGUCUUGUUAAGAUACGGGUUUAUAUGGAUCAAUGGGGUCGAGAGGCCGGUGACAGAGCAAACUGGGUUGGAUAGUUUGCUGCGCUUACAGGCAUUUUUCCAGAAGGGGUGA